AGAGUUUUAUAUGCUAACAGAAGAGAACAGAAAUGUUUCGUCUAGUGAUAUUUGUGACUCUAUUAACAGCAAUCUGUGGAUAUUCAUAUUUCCAAGAAAAGAUUCCCAAUGGAGAUUUUAUUCCUCAUCCCUGUAAACCAAACUUCGUCUGGAAAGGAGUCGGACAUCAGAACUGGGCCGGGGGUGGACCGAGGAAUCAAUUUGGUAAAGAUUUCCUAGCAGCAGGGAAGAAGUGGACAGAAGAAUUGUGUAGAAAAGAUUCGGAUGCUGAUGGAAAGACUAACGGUCAAGAAUUGGGUGAUCCAAACUGUAUCUGGAGACCAGGAACCGUCCCCGAAGGAACUGUGACAGGAAUCUCCCACCCAGGGGUUUGUGAUCCGUGGGGUAGUCCACAGUGUAAGGAUAAGAAUGACUGGGUGUCUUGUGAAGGUGAUGAAUUUAACUGUCCAGCUAUACACGAGGAAGGAGUCAUGACUAAAGAAUUAAUCUAUCCCCGGACCAACGUACCAGCUAAAGACACAACUUAUAUGUGUAUGGGAUUUGAAUUACCUAGUGAUGGAGACUACCAUAUAAUCGCGACUACACCGAUAAUUAAUGAAAGUAGAGUGAUGCAUCAUAUUGUGCUGAUUGGCUGUGAUGAAGAUUCUGAAGUAAUUGACAAACCUCGUGAAUGUUCUAUGGGUCUUAGAGGAUGUUCUACAACAAUUGGACUUUGGACUCUGGGACUACCAGGAGAAUGUUUCUAUAAAGAAGCUGGUAUCAGAAUGGGAAUGAAAGGGAUGAAGAGGGGUGUUUUACAGUUUCAUUGGACGAACCCUGAGAUGAGAACAGAUUAUUGGGAUUCUUCGGGAUUAAAGAUCUAUUAUACAAACAAGCUGAGGAACUUUGAUGCUGGAACGUGGAUAACCGGCCAACAAUAUCUCGAGAUUCCCCCACUUUCUCCUAAAAUUGUCCAGCAAUCUACCUGUUCACCUCGCUGUACUAAAUAUAAAGUCAACGAUACAAUUUACAUCACUACUGGAUUAAAUCAUAUGCAUUAUUUAGGAGUAUCUCAGUAUGUAAAGUUAACACGAGCUAACGGUCAAGAAAUUAUGUUAACAAAUGAUGAACAUUACAGCUACGAUACACCUGUGAUGCACACGUAUGACUCCCCGGUUCCUGUUUAUCCUGGAGAUAGUUUUGAAACGGUUUGUACCUACAGAUCAUUGUCCAGAAAGAAAACAGCAUUUUUUGGAGAAGGAACAUUUGAUGAGAUGUGUUUUGGUAUUUUUAACUUUUAUCCUGCCCAGAAUAUACGAGGAAGUCCAAAUUGUGUCACCAGUAAUGAUUUUGAAUUUUGUGAUUUUGAAGAUCGACAUUGUGAUUUUAGAGCAUUGUUCAAUCAUUCCAACCCAGAGAGCAGAAAACUUUAUGACAAGGUGUUAAACGUCUGCUCUUAUGAUGGUCAUUGUCGCCAUGGCUGUCGAGCUGUAGUUGAUGACGUCAUGCGUAACCAUGAAUGUUUUAAAGAUGGCGUAGCAGAGUCCAUUACAUUUCCAAGUAUGGUACGGGGUGAGAAUAAAGAUACAGCCGAAUCGUUGAAGUUUGUGACCGCUAUGAAAUCGUGUAAAUGUGAUGUUGAAAGUUCGAUUGAAUACAAACCUGUGAUUAAAGAUCAACUUCUAAAAGAAAACGAACAAAAAGUCGAAGUCGAUGGAAGUAAUCCUCAAGAAAAACCAACGUCUUCAGGGAGACAACUCUUGUUUUCAAUGUAUGUUUUAACUUUCAUGUUGUCUGUAGCCAUGAAUGUUUCGUUAUAAAUAUCCCUUUGCUUUGGUUUAAAUACAAAAAAUAUUGCAUUAUCUAUGGGUGACGUUUAUAUAUUGUCAAAUUCAGACUAAUCAAAAUAAGAAAAUCUGUGGUGGCUACACUAAAAAUAAAAGCUAAUAAAAAAACGAAAGUCUACGUUAAUUUUAAUUCUUCAGGGAGACAACUCUUGUUUUCAAUGUUUGAUUUAACUUUCAUGUUGUCUGUAGCUAUGACUGUUUUGUAAUAAAAUUAUCUUUUGCA